AUGUUACCAGUUUUACUAUGGACGUUAUGGACGUCCUCAACACAGACGUGCGUCCAACCGCCGUCACCAUCACAUCCGAAUAUAGUUAUACUAAUGGUUGACGAUAUGGGUUGGGGCGACAUUGCCUCAUAUGGCCAUCCAACGCAAGAAUACACUGAAAUAGAUCGAAUGGCAAAUGAAGGUACACGAUUCACUCAGGCUUACUCGGCAGACAGCAUGUGUAGCCCUAGCAGAGCCGGGUUCAUGACUGGCCGAUUACCUAUUCGUCUCGGCGUCGUAGGUGGAAGAAGAGUUUUCAUGCCCUUCGAUAUUGGAGGAUUGCCAAAGCAUGAGACGACCAUGGCCGAAAUGCUUAAAGAAGCAGGCUACGCUACUGGGAUGAUCGGUAAAUGGCAUCUGGGUAUCAACCAGUUGAACAGUACCGACGGAGCCCAUUUGCCGUCACGGCGAGGUUUCGAUUUUGUCGGUCUCAAUCUGCCGUUCACCAACACUUGGAUGUGCGACACUACGCAGGUAGGUUGGGGCGACAUUGCCUCAUAUGGCCAUCCAACGCAAGAAUACACUGAAAUAGAUCGAAUGGCAAAUGAAGGCCGAUUACCUAUUCGUCUCGGCGUCGUAGGUGGAAGAAGAGUUUUCAUGCCCUUCGAUAUUGGAGGAUUGCCAAAGCAUGAGACGACCAUGGCCGAAAUGCUUAAAGAAGCAGGCUACGCUACUGGGAUGAUCGGUAAAUGGCAUCUGGGUAUCAACCAGUUGAACAGUACCGACGGAGCCACUUUGCCGUCACGGCGAGGGUUCGAUUUUGUCGGUCUCAAUCUGCCGUUCACCAACACUUGGGGAUGUGCGACACUACGC